AUGCAACAAGAGCCUCUCGAGAUCGCAGAACCUUUGAUUCACCGAGACAACCCGUUUAAAACAAUAUCUACCCAGCAUGGCCCCCUUCACCAUGAUCCAAGUGGCCUUCAUCGAGUCUGCUCCGGAGACUCGAGUGGCGCUGACCCGGGCUCUGCACCGGCGCUCCGCCGCGACUCGGGUCAUGACGUCGAUGCCGACUUACUCGACGAGGAGCUACGUCGACUGAGCUUCGAACACCACUCGGCCGUCCAACCUUCUGCUCCCGGCCAGCGUAUAUCCGAGUAUGAGAAUGCAAUGACUCCGCCUACCCCUAAGAAAGCGCUGGGCUUCAAGGUCAUCAAACGCUCCGAAUCACCACCUGGUGGUGUGCAACUUGAAGAUUUCCCAAACGAAAUAUUGACGCACAUCCUUUCGCAUCUGCAUUCCGACUCGCACGCUGCCAUCGCUCUUGUUUCGAAACGCUUCUAUGCUCUUAUCACCAGUUCCCAUGCAUGGCGUAUGGCCUUCCUGCGAUAUUUCCCAGGACACGAAGCACUCCAGGUCAAGCGCAACGUGGACAUAUGGGACGACAGCUCGCACGAUCUAAUCCAAUCCGAGUCUCGAUACUUCACUCGCCUUACACCGCUGGCAUCCUGGAGAAAGGAGUAUCUCCUUCGUACGCGCUUAGUUAGAUGCCUGGCCCGUGGCAAGCCAGGUGCUUCUUUUGCUUCUGGGGGCAUUGGUGCGUCUGUUCGCACUGGUAAAAAGACUAGCGCUGUCCUGACUUAUAAUUCAAAACUGCCAUGGGCUGUGACGACUAUUCAUGCUGUCUUCACAAACGGCAAGAAACCACCAAAGGCUAUCCAUGGAGCUGCUGACCUAGGAGUAGCAUCCGUUAGUGAUCCUACCAACGGAAAGAUUGAGAAAUGGGGUUUCGUAGACCCUUUCAACUCGAUGCAACUCGAUGAGGUGUUCCCCAACCUUGUCCCCUUUGGUCUGGGAGAGGGUCCUGCUUCUACGCCCAAUGUCCUCGACGUGAGCCAGCCAUAUGGUCUGCUUGCGGGUGAGGGCUUUCCAGGAGGCCGACCUUAUUAUCGCCCCGUGAAUGAGAAUCGGGGACGGUACCUCGGUCCAGACUCUGGUGUCGUUGAUACCUAUCCUGAUAUCCCCAAGAUCCCGGAAAUGUCCGAGGCCAUUUGUAGUGUUUGGUUAGCCAAGUCAGCGAAUGUGCUUACUACCACUCAGUCAAUGGUUGGGAUGUUGACUGGCUCUACCCUGGGCGUUGUCACUUCUUACGCCAUAGGAGGUGAUUUCGGGCCCCAACGUUAUCAGGCCGGAGAAGUCACUGCUCGCUGGGUACUCAGCCCUGGUGUGCCGAUCAUUUCUCUGCAGGUUGAUGAAUCCUAUAGUCAGAAACGCAAGUCCGCAGCGAGGGUAUGGGCCGUUUCCCUGAAUGCUUUGGGAGAAGUCUUUUACUUGACUGAGACGCCUACUGCACAGCCCCAAACAAAGAGCGAAGACAUAGCCAAAAACGCUUGGUUUGCUGGACGGUCAGUGUACUGGCAUCUUCUGGACUCAACUCGACGUGUUGCUCGGCCAGACGAUCUGGAUAAGAAUGCGACCAAAGGCGCAUAUUCGCCUCGAUCCCCUUCUAAUUCCAUGAACCUGAGUAAGAGUCAACUGGCUGCCGAAGCGCGAGAGAUAGAGAAGUUCUUGCGCCAAAAACCAGCACACUUCCGACGGGUUUGUGAAGGAUGGGAUAUGCAGCGGAAAUUGGAGGUCGAUUUCGCUAACGACGAUGGGCACGGUGCGGGUGAGAACAUCUUUGUGGUGGAUUGCGGUGUUGCCGAGGAUCGGCCUGCACACGUUGAGAGAUAUACCCGAUCACUGGUUUCUCAAUACGCUCAAUCAUCUUCCGUCGUUUUGGCACCGGUUCCUUUUGCUUCUCCUGCUCCCCCCGAGUCCUCACUCUUUGGGACGACUUCCGCAGAAGCAUUGGAUGUAGCAGAGAACGAGGUGCUCGAGUCUGUCUCCCCUGCUUCAGUAUCAUCAUCGGAUUUUCUAUCCCACCUUCAUGAAUGGGAGAGCUGCUCUAUGAAGCUGGAGAGUCAAAGCCAUGCUGUGAUCACAAGCACCAGUAUAGAUCGAUCCAACACUGCAGUUUUAACGCUCAGUGAAGAUCCGUUGUAUACCGCAGAGGAAGAGAUUCCAGGCCGCAGAUCUCGGUUGUUUGCUAUCGGAACAGAUACUGGCGCUGUACUUACCUGGAACGCUCGUGAAAACGCGAAGACUUCGGGUAUCACUCCUGUACGGCAAAUUCAGACUGAGUCUCCAGAAGUAUCCUGUGUGGCCCUCUCAGCCAUGUAUAUCGUUCAUGGUGGAAAUGAUGGGCUUGUUCAAGCAUGGGACCCAUUGGCGUCGACCUUGGAUCCCGUUCGAACUCUCAAUGCUAGAUCCAAUGGGCGGGUGCCCCGACACAUGAUGACAAUGAACCCUCACCUUGACGAGUCGACAUACUCUGCAGUUCGUGCUAUUUAUCUCGACCCCGAUCCAACGGUUCUUCGCGGCGUUGUUUCCUUUGGGGCGUUCCUGAGGUACUGGGCGUACAGCUCUGCCAGUCACGCUUCGGGGCGCAAGCGGCGGCUUAGACACUCCGAUGUCCAUGGCCGUUUGGCCAGUCGUCGCCAGGGCGGAGCUGUAACUGGUUUCAUCGCUGCUGAGGAAGCUGAAAUCAAACGAGAGAACGAGCAGAAAGCCAGGGAAGUGAAUCGCCUUCGCAGUCGCUUUGGUGUUGGCUCUCUUGGGGAUCUGACCGAAGAAGAAUCUCUGCGAUAUGCGCAAAUGAUCUCCGAGGAGGCAUUUCUUUUUGAAGAACAACGCCGAACGAGUGAUUCCGCCGUUGAUGCUGGUCUGGACACUGCCUCGACCUUUAGUGAAACUACUGUUGAUACUGUGACUCCCGAGCCCAGCGUUACUGACAUGAUUAUCCCUCCUACUGUUUCUACAGAUGAUGUCAGUAAAGUACCCGUCGAAGAUGACUAUGAACAACAGAUUCAACAGGCUAUUCGCCUGUCUCUGAUGGAAGACGUCAACGAAAAUGGUACGUCCCCUCAAGCAGCAAGCUCGGGCGACUACGAGUUCACUGUGGCAUACAAGCCGAAGUUCGGCAAAAAGAGCAAGAUUUCUGGGACUGUUUCACCAGUCGCGCCCGAGGUGGGAUCGUCAGGUCACGCCCACAGAGAUUACGAUCUCGAACUUGCCCUAAAGCUCAGCAUGGAGGACCAAGGCAUGCCCUCGUCGGAUCUAGGGUUGGGCAUCCAGUACGAGGAAUUUCCAGUGCUGGAGAGCGAAGGUGUCGGCAAAGGGAAAGGUGUACAGAGAUGGUGA